CGGGGCUUAGCUUGUCCCUUUCCCAGGGCGUGAUCUGCAGGUCAAGCAAGGAGUGAGACUGCUGGACGAGAGCAAUGGGUCUAAUCUCAGAGCUGAAGCUGGCCGUGCCCUGGGGCCACAUCGCGGCCAAGGCCUGGGGCUCCCAGCAGAGCCCCCCGGUUCUCUGCCUGCAUGGCUGGCUGGACAACGCCAACUCCUUUGACAGACUCAUCCCUCUGCUCCCGAAAGACUUCUACUACGUGGCCAUGGAUUUCGGGGGUCACGGGCUCUCGUCCCAUUACAACCCAGGGUUACCGUAUUAUCACCAAAACUUUGUGAGUGAGGUCCGGCGCGUCAUGGCUGCCUUGAAGUGGGACCGUGCUUCCCUUAUGGGCCACAGCUUUGGUGGCAUUGUGGGCGGAAUGUUCUCCUGCAUCUUCCCGGAGAUGGUGGACAAGCUGGUGCUGCUGGACUCCUCGCCGUUCGUGCUGGACAGUCACGAGAUGGGGAACCUGCUGACGUAUAAGCGCAAGGCCUUGGAGCACAUGCUGCGGGUGGAGGCGUCCCCGAGGCCACCCAGCGUGCUCAGCCCCCAGGAGAUGCUUCAGGGGUUCCUGAAGAACAACAGCCACGUGGGGAAGGAGAGUGGGGAGCUCCUCCUGAAAAGGGGGACCACCCAGGUGGCCACAGGUGUGGUGCUGAACAGAGACCGCAGGAUCGCCCUGCCAGAGCACAGCUUCGACUUCGUGAGCCGGGAGCUGUUCGUGCAGGCCAUAGGGAAGCUUCAGGCCCGCCUCCUCCUCAUCAAAGCGACCCAGGGCUUUUAUGACGUAAGGCGAGAGCACGACACUGACCGGGAGCCGAUGCAGUUCAUGCUUGAGACGCUGAGAUCCAUCCUCAGAGAGCGGUUCCAGUUCGUGGAAGUGACCGGAAACCACUACGUGCACAUGAACCAGCCGGAGGCCGUGGCGGGGGCCGUGGGCAGCUUCUUGCAGAGCAAGGAGUGAGGGCGGACCCCGAGGCGGGGGUCCUGGGGCGUGGCUGGAGGGAGACUGGCCCUGGCCCCUGCCACCCCUGGGGGAUGACAAUAAAGUUCCC